CCCAAUAGAACUCCAUUUCUUCAACCCUUCUUCUUCUCAACUCCGCGUUCCCAUUUCCAUGGCUACCAUUCCCCAUCUUCAGCUCCAUCAACCCCAAUCUCAACCGCAGCAGCCCCAAUCGAAGCCCUUCAUGAAUUUUGUUCCCAUUGAUCCCCAGAUCUUCGCCACUUCUACCCUCCCAAAUCCUUCCCCUCCAUAUGUUCAUGUAAUGGGAAUUGCGCCAGCGGGGGAGGGCGCAGUGGUUGAGGGGUGGGAGCCGAACAGGAAGAGGGUGAAGGAGCAAGAGUUCUUGGAGGAUUCACAGAUCUCGUCUAUAGAUUUCUUGCAUACGGGUGGGUCGGUGUCGACAGGGCUUGGGUUAUCGUUGGAUGAUCGACGGGUUGGGGUGUCAUCUGGUGAGUCUUCGCUUGUUCUUUCAUCCAUUGAUGAAGAGAUUGGGAGGGAGAUACAGAGGCAGGAUGCUGAAAUGGAUCGCUUUCUCAAAUUACAGGGUGAGCGACUGAGGCAACAGAUUUUAGAGAAGGUUCAGGCGAAACAGUUUCAGACUCUAGCUUCAGUAGAGGAAAAGUUUUUACGAAAGAUCCGUGAGAAAGAAGCAGAAGUUGAGGACAUAAAUAGGAAAAACACUGAGCUCGAGGAACAAAUGAAGCAGUUGAGUGUUGAAGUGGCUGCAUGGCAGCAUCGGGCCAAGUACAACGAGAGCAUGAUUUCUGCCCUUAAAUUAAAUCUCCAGAAAGUGUAUGCUCAAAGCAGGGAUAACAACAGAGAAGGGUGUGGUGACAGUGAAGUGGACGAUACUGCCUCUUGCUGCAAUGGUGGCGCCAUCAAUUUCCAACUCAUGUGCAAGGAGAACAAGGACAUGAAGGAACUGAUGACUUGUAGGGUUUGCCGUGUCAAUGAAGUAUCCAUGCUUUUGCUGCCCUGCCGGCAUCUUUGCUUGUGCAAGGACUGUGAAUCUAAGCUCAGCUUCUGUCCUCUGUGUCACUGCUCGAAAUUGUUUGGUACUGAGAUCUAUAUGUAAAAACAACAGUGUGAUGAAAUCCAAUCAAAUACAUGGAUCAUUUCUAUCCUCCAACAAAAAGAAAGGAAAAGAAAACAAAUCAUCGGCUUCUUACUUGAUGCGUGUAUACGUCUGGAUUUCCCCAUGAUAGGGAAUUAAGGAUUUGUACAUCGACAGUUGUUAACAUGUCAAUUGUUGUUGCCUCCUUAUGUUUGUUCCUCGGCGUUAUGGAUACUUAUUGCAGUUGGUGGUGCCUUCAAAUUUUUUCUGACAUGAUCUUAUUUUGCUGUCAUUAGCAACCAAUUUGAUGAUUUGGUUGAUUCUGUGCCUUUGGUUUUGGUUGAGAAAAAUUCAGCAUUUGGGGACAAGUCAAGGAUGCAUUGCUUAUUACAAUUAUAUUAGAUAAUAUGUUUUUAUAGAGGGUCUUUUAAAUA